AUAUUUAUGUACCUAUAAAAACACUCCUAAAGUCCAACAAAGUGUUCUCUCUCUUUCUCUCUGCAUACCGGAGAUAGUGUUUGUUUUUUUGUCAGCCAUUUUUAAGGGUUUGGUGAUUAAAUCUGCGUUUUUGAGAAGAAAGAUAUGGGGUCGGAAGGGCCAAAGAAUGUGGUCAUUCAUGUGACUGGCUUCAAGAAGUUUAAUGUGUUUGCUACGAAUCCAACCGAAACGUUAGUUUCUAAUUUAAAAAGUUAUGUUGAAAAGACAGGUUUGCCCCAUGGCGUUUCUUUAGGUAGUUGUACUAUCCUUGAGUCUGCAGGAGAUGGUGCGUUGGCCGCACUUCAGAAGGCUUUGGAGUCGAGCAUUUCAAAUGAGAACAAAUCCGGUUCCACAGAAGUUGUGUGGCUUCAUAUGGGGUUAAACGGGGGAGCAUCAAAAUUUGCUAUUGAAAAACAAGCAGUAAAUGAAGCCACUUUCUCUUGUCCAGAUGAGCUUGGUUGGCAACCGAAGCGGCUACCAAUUGUUCACGAGGAUGGAGAAAUAACUCGUAUAAGAGAGACUGCUUUUUCUGUUGAUGCCAUCCUGGAGUUCUUGAAGAAUAUCAAGGGCUGUGAUGCAAUGAUAUCUGAUGAUGCAGGGCGUUUUGUAUGCAACUAUGUAUACUAUCAUUCUCUCCGCUUUGCAGAAGAUAAAGGUCACAAAUCUCUUUUUGUACAUGUACCUCCGUUUUCUAGAAUCGACGAAGAAACACAAAUGCAGUUUAUGGGUGCCCUUUUGGAGGCCAUUGCUUUAUGUUGUUGAUAUUAUUCUUCAUCAUCAAUGUUUGUUGAAGAUGCAUCUCUUUCUCUUUUGUUGCUAUUUGUAUGCUUUUGGACUGUUUUCUUGUAAAUUGUUAUGUUUUCUUGUGAUAAUUUAAAAUCAUUUAGAGAUUGUGGUUGUGCA